CGUAUUCCGGCAUUUCUUGCGGUCGGUUCAGAAAGUUUUUUGAGUGAACGGGUGUUCGACUUUGCGCGUGGUUUCUCGCAUCAAUUGUACGUCGUGCUUUUUGUAAAUAAUUCUGAUAUCUCAGUCCGAACGGGGAAAGAAUAAGAUCUGCACAGAAAGAGAUGCCCCCGGGGGCACAUGGAUGCAGCAUGUCACUAGUAAAUAAUUCCCUUGCAAAAAUAGUUUUUGGCAGAUACUUUCGCUAACUGAAAUAACGAAAUAAAAAUCGACUGUAAAAAAAUACUCACACCGCCGAGAAGUGAGUUGUCGUCGUUGAAGGAGAUCCGGUCCGGUUGAGUUGUUGCAGUGGAACGUGUUUCCCCUGUCCUGUCCUGGCGCUGUGCGCUGAUAAGAGACGGGACGAACCUGUUACGCCAAUUACUGUCCCACAGAAAGUUGGCCCGGAAGCGAGGGGAGGAGAACCGGCGAAUGGCGGUUUUGGUUUCGAUGUGUGUACUUUUGAAACAUGAAAUCAUGAAACCAAGUGUCUUUUGAAAAAAUUGAACAGAACAACUUUUCGUAACGAUCGUUGAGGGCACACGUUAUGUUUGUGUCGUUAUCCAUCCUGCAGAAUGUCGGCUUGGGCAGAAUAAAACGAGCUAUAUUUAGCUGUUUCGUGUCUACGUUUCGAACUGUAAACUAAUGUUGACGUAUCUUCGCUCGUUGGCUGGGAGCAAUGAUAGAUUUCUUCAAUUGCUAGAAUAGAACAUUGUGCAGAUUCCAUCGUCUCCUGAGCGACAAUCACAAAAUCAGCGCACCAAGGCCAGAGUCUCGGGACUCUCACCAAUUUCACUUUCUACAAAAGCGCGUUCAACCGCGAAGUGAUUACCUUGCGAACGUAUUAUCGAGCGCGGGGUAUGUGGGAGUGUUGAAAAGUUUGUUUUGAUUUUGACGGAGAUCGAGUGCGUGUGUACGAGUGUAUGUGUACGCGUGAGUGUGUGCAAGUGGGCGGAAAAAAAACAAACGAGAGGAGCAUACGCGAAAAUUGAAAAAAAAAAAAUAUUUUCGUCUUUCCAUAUUCUCGCCGAUUUGCGCGAUUUUGAAAUAAUUUGAUGCUGACAUCGUGAAAAAUAGAGAGUCUCGAAGAUACGUGAGGAAAACGUGCGGUUCUUACGGUUUGCAAUUUCACGUCUAGUCGGGCGUGUAAAUUCAGAGGCCGGGGUUGGGUUUUUUUCGACGCUAAAGGUGCGAAAUUGUUUAGAGUGUGUUUGAAGUGUUAUUUUCAAUCUGCACGCCCCCACGUGCAUCGCUGAGAGAGAAGGUGCUGUUACUGUUGCAUUUCUGUGUACACUGGCAAUACAACUCGUCGUGUGCCGACUGGAAUCUGUGGAACACAACGUCAAGUUUCGAAAAAUAAAACCGGUUUAGCUUGUGUCAAAGCAGAAAACAGCGAGCGAGGGGUGCAACGAAAAAAUCGCCGGGAAACCAGCUUGAACCCAGUCGUGGUCAGUGUUUGUGAAGAAAAAUAAAGUUCGACGGAGUAGCAGAAGAAAAGCACAGCACGGAGUGGCCAACCAAAAAGUGAGCACACGUAAAUUUAUCUAGGGUGAACCAGAGCCCCGAAGGACUGGAGUUGGCCUUUCUCUUCCUCGUUUACGGGCGACGGUACCGCAAUUAAUUUCUGCAUGUAACUCUAUCUCCGGAGCAGGGCCUGCCUGGUGGACCGUGUCGCACAAAACGACGCUGGCGGACGUACGUGAUUUCUGCCAAAGGUUCACAGUGAAAAUGGACCGUCGGCAUCACGCUCCGUGAAGAGAACGCUUCCUGCACACGCCGCCCUUUGCUCGCCCUUGCCCACCAUAUCGGUGUUGAACCGAGUCGAACUUCUCAACGGAUCUUGUCGUCUGCAUCACUGAAAGCGCAGCGAACCGAUAAUAGCAAAGCUGGAACACAAAACGAGAAAGGAAAAAAAGCACAGACUCCGGGAAAGGACAUCGCGCAAAUCGUUCUCUCGUAAACAUUUGACGAUAAUUGUUUGACGAUUCAUGCUUGUGCUCGCAGAACAAUACAUGCUCGAGAUAAGCGCAGCUGUCAUCUUCAGUGGAAAAUGUUUUGCCACUGGAGCGUAAUCCACACAUCAAAGAACCAAUCGGACAACGGGAUGAACCCUGUUACAUAAAUAUGAGCGAAGCCAGACAAAAAACAGGUGUAAUGAGAUACCGACGAUAAUUAAGAUGAUUGGGAUCGAUUGCCCGGCGAAAGCAUGAGAUGAAAAAGUUCACAUUGCCAUCGACUAGCGGAAGCAUCACACGAACGACCAGACGAAAGAAAAAUAUGAUCGAGAAGUGAAUUAUUGCCGUCGAGCCCGUCCGUGCACUACACCCACUCGCAAAGCUGCGCCUGCCUCUAGGAGGAACACUCUGCCCUUGAGUCUAGCCAGGAAUUCAACCGCGCACCUUACUCCCCAAUAAACAAAAAACCGCGCCAGCCGAGCACAAAAUCGAAACAAAAAAAUGUCCCACAGAAUGUCCCCCAAGACCCGCGUGGUGUUCAAGUUCAUCUUCGGCCUCGGUAUCUGGUCCUUCCUGGUGCUGGGGUUCUUCAAGCUGAACGGCGAUCCGGUGACGCAGCACCAGUUUCAGCAGGCGCCCCUCAACGGGCGGCUGCUGCUCAACAAGGAUAACCGGUGGACGGGGAGCGAGGCCACCUCGACUACCACCGAUCGGUACGCGUCCCCCGUUGGCGCCGGGGUGGAUGAGGUCCUGGUGGAUAACCGAGCUGUUAUCGACGACGAACAGUUGGUGCGGGACGUGGAAUCCCGGAUUCCCUCGCUGCCGAUCGCCUACUGGAGCAAGCACAAAAAUGCGGUCCAGAAGAAAGCUGCCUGCGCCAAGUACCCGUCGAUCUUCGAGCUGGAAUUCAACAACAUCUACUGGCAGACGCUGCGCAGCUCGAACGGGACAUUCCAGCUGUUCGGCGCGUACUACGACAUCCGAAAACGCUCCCGCAUCGGACCGGCGGUGCGCAUUCUCGGUAUGAUCGAUCGCAUCGAGCCUAAGGUGAAGACCUUCUGUCAGCUUUGGUUCGAUGGACAGAAGGAACCCUUCAUCGUGAAAACGUUCGAGUACAAGUACAUUUGGUUCAACAAGUGGGGCAAUUACAAGCAGGGAAUCUACCAGCCGUAUCUUAUCGCGUGUCAGAUUCCAAAGCCGUUCCGUGGAUUGGUACCGGCUUCGGUUUCUUUGGUCGAGAAGCAAUGCGACACGGCAACCAACAAUCUACGGGUGCUAUACAAUCGUCCUCUGGACGACAAGAAGAAGGGCUUCGCCGUUUGUGUGAAGGGUUUGGACUUCCUAUAUGAUGACUUGUCAGUGCGGUUAGUGGAGUGGAUCGAACUGCUAGGAAUUCUAGGAGCGGAUAAAAUAUUUUUCUACGAACUUCAAGUGCAUCCCAACAUAUCCAAGGUGCUACGGUAUUACGAGGAACAGGAUCGGGUUCACGUGACUCCGUUGACCCUACCCGGAGGGCAACCGAACGUCCCGGGAUUCCAACAUUUGUUCCUAUCGAAGAAGACAACUCACAAACGCCAAAAUGAGCUGAUUCCUUACAACGAUUGCUUGUACAAGAACAUGUAUAAAUACGAGUUCAUCGCACUGCUGGACAUAGACGAGGUGAUAAUGCCGAAACUCGACGAAGAUCGCACCUGGCACGACCUGAUGGAGCGAGUGGUAGAGAAGGGUAUGAAGAUCAAGAACGACACCUACCCAAGCUAUAACGUACGGAAUGUGUACUUCUUCGACCAGGAUCAGCACGAACAUGACUGGAUAAAGGAUACGCCUCGCUACAUGCACAUGUUGCAACACGUCCAACGGGCGAAGAACUACACCAAACCCAACCAAUACAUCAAAUGUUUCCAUAACCCGGAACGGGUCCUAACCCUGCACAACCACUUCCCAAUCGCCUGCCUGGGAGGGGCCUGUCAUUCGUACCCAAUCAGUACCGAUGACGCCCAUCUGCAGCACUAUCGUGCCGAUUGCGUGCGAACGCUCAAGAAGAGCUGUGAGGAGUUCAAGGAGAACCAGGUCCGCGAUACCACGAUCUGGAAGUAUAGGGACGAGCUGAUCCAGCGUACGCGACGCACGCUGGACACGCUGGGCUUCUUCCGGCCAUCGCUAACCACCGGGAGCGUAGGCCGCGGGAGGGACUCCCUCUACAAGCGGUGAUUGUUGCAGAAGCUUCGGCGCAUGUUUAAUCUCUAGUUACGUUUGUUCAUUUAUUCGAUUGACCAGCGUCGGCCCGAUCCCAGUAGGUCUGCUUCAGGCACUUCUCCCUCCCUCACCGGCGACAACCAGGAGCGACAGUGUUGUGAUUUGCGCCGAUGAAAUGACGCACGAUUCCUAGUGUGUGUGUGUACGCGCGCAACGUAGCGAAAGAGUGUGUGAGAGAGAACGAGAAAGCUCAAUCCGAAUAAAUGAACGAUCGAUUUGAAGUAUAGGUGGAAGCACAAUGUCAUCAUUAGCGAUCAGAGACUCUUCCCAAUAUUAUUAAAAUUAUUAUUAUUAUUAUUAGCAUGAUAAAUUAGUGAAAAAGAACAGAGUAAUUCUACUUAGGAAGUCAAAGUAAUUUAUAUACAUAUGAAUAGUGGAAAUCGAUUCAAAAUCAAUGUUUCUUGUCCCUUUUAGCAGAAGCGCGACGCUAUGUGAUUUCUAAUUGCAUAUACUACCACUAAUUCCUCUAUUAUUAAUGGUUCAACGAGCCGAGUCGAUAUUAGCGUCGUGCGCCCGCCGCGUGUGAAGCUCACAGAGAUAAAUAUCACUUGUUAGAUGUGUAUGUAUUUAUCAAUCAACCUAUUACGAUUAGACAGUGUGCCUUUCUGUUAGCUCCUCUGUAAUUUUAAUUCGAGAGUGUCCGUCAGAUUUUUCAGAAGCCUUUGAAGGUGUCAGCGAAAGAUGUAUGUGCAUAAUUAUGUUGCAAACUAAGCAAAGGAACACAUAUACCGGUGGGAAUUGAAAGACCGAUAGGCCCGUAUUCACUAGUUAUGAAAUUGUUUUUAAUUAUUUAGAAAACUUGCACAUUAACUACACUCAAAAUUCAAUUUUUAAAACAAAUCAAUUCUUCGUCGACACGUUAGAAUGAUUUAUGUUGUGUUGCUUAUUUAUUUUCGCAAUUUGAACGGCUUCUGAUUUUCGUUGUAUGAAGUUCGAAAGAAAAACUUAUUCAAAGGAAAUCGUCCAAAAUAUGACUCACUGCAUAUCAUAUCUUCUAAUAUUUGCAUUUUCAGUGACGUACAUUUGAAGAAAUUAAACAAAAUUCGAAAUUCACUAUUAUUUUUUAUGUAAAAAAAUCACUAGCUGCUAUUCAUUAUUUCGAAACCAAAAGGUCGACUAAUGGCUCGUAUAUUUUGAAAUCCGUGCUGCUGAAUUCAUCGCAAAAUCGUUCUUUACAUUUGUUCGUGGCCUGAGUCAGGUGGAUUGAAUGCUGCACCGAAUUCUUGACAUUAUUGACGUGGGACUACGUCUAACCGGAGUAUAUGGGGUGUAAAAUGAAAACCUAAAUGCAGAUCAUGCAGGAAAAAAUGAAAGAUUCCAAAUGCUUAUAACUCGAACAUUUCUUAUUGUAUCGGAAAGAUGUUUGCAUCAAUUGAUAGGGAAUAUUCCUACGCAUCUAUCGCAAUUAGUGAUGUCUAAAUUUUUCAUUCAUUCGAUUAUCGAUUAAUCGUUGGGGCAUUUUCAAUAUUCGAUUCAUUCGAAUAAUUGUCUUUCAAUAUUCGAUUAAUCGAGCGAAUAUUUUUUUCUUGUAAUAAUCACGUAUCAUUCUGGUCGCGUGGUCUAUCAGGUUUUGUCGAUAUUCCAUUAUUGUAUAAAAAAAUAUGUUGGAUAAAAAAUUAUAUAGCCUAACUCUUAACCUAAAAUGCAAUAACCUUGAGAAAAAUGCCUUCUUUCGUUAAUCGCGAUUACAGUGACAACUAUUCGAUGUAUUCAUAUUUUUAUUUUAAAUUAUCCGAUACAAAACUACUCGAUUAUAAUUUCAGAUAUUCGAUUAUUUGAAUUAAUCGAACGAUUAACCGACGUCUCUAAUCGCAAUUAAUAAAAUGUUAUAAACAAUUAAACAAUUGAAUAACUGUAAAAUGUUAGCCGUUAUCAAAACGCCCUAACUAUCUCGUUUUGAUUGGCCCGAUUUACGGUUUCCCCAACACAGCCAUCAUAACCAAGCAGCCUUGGGGAAAUCGACAUUAAAAAAUCCAUGAAAGUGUGGGGAUUUUUGUUCUUACCGAAAUGUGUUCCCUAACGAAGACUUCUAAUCCAUGUAGCGUGGGGAAAUUGGCUUUGCAAAUUCAUGCAAGUCGGGGUUAUUUUUGUUCCGAAUGAAAUGUGUUUCCCCAACACAGAAUUCAGAACCAAGGUGUCUGGGGGAAUUGGCAUUGCAAAUUCAUGCAGGUCUGAGGUAUUUUUGUUCCGACUGAUGCAAACCGCGAGUACUUUUGUAAUCGAUUACCUUUGUGCAGGCUAGAAUAUGUUUCCUGAACACGGUAUAAGUUAAAGUUGUUGAUUCAUGCAUGCCGGAGGUACUUCUACAUCCGCAAGUUUUUUUUUUUGCACUCCGAAAAGUUUUUUCCUAACACGGAUUACAAAAACGGGCACGAACACAACGCUUUGGCUCGGUUAUUCAAGAUUGCAUUGAAGGAUAUGCCUUCAUAUCUUCUACUCACUGAAUUUCUGAAGUUCAUCAAAUCAAACAAAUUCGCGGUUCGAGAAGUACGUACACUUGAGAGAUGCAAACUCCAGAGGGAAAUGUAAAAAAAAAAUAUCGUUUGAUAAUUAUUGCGUUCACAUAUAUCAUCCUAGGCAUCGUACCAAACGUAAAAAGACUGUCAUUAAAUUUACUUGUAACGAAGAACAUAAUUUAUCACAAUGCAUGAUUUAACCAUACAUGGCAUUUAUUCAAUCUCUUUACUCACAAAGCAAAUAUAUUGAAUUCGGUUGAAUUCGGAAAUUGUUCCAUUCAAUCAAAAAUGUAAUCAAUAUAAAUGAUUGCUAAGUUAAGCUAGUCCCACGUCAACUUUGCGGUUAUACCAUAGAUAUAACCCACCAAUUUUUCGUCCAUAUUUCAGUUCAUUUCAUUCAAGGACAGUUUUUAUUGCUGUUUCAACCAUGCUCUGAACGGAACAAACGACGAACAACGAUGCAAAAAUGACACCUUUCCUAAGAGAUGCGUGCACAAAGUACUGUCGUCCCUAUUUCAAAGUGAAACUACGUCUUAAAGGUUUGGACAUCAGUAGUGACAAACGAUGGUUGCUAUUCAGAACGUGGAUUGUUUGAUCGCCAACACUCCUCCCUAAUCCUCGAUUCCUUCUGGUUCAUGAUUCCAGCUUGAACAAGUGGCUUGGUGAAUCCAUCAGCAGCUUGACAAUCGUCUCGCCGAAGAUUUUACCCAAUAAAUUUCGCCACCAUAGCGCCUCUUGAAUCGUCUUGGUUAACGCCAUGUACUCUGCCGCACAAGAUGAUAAGGCUACCGUCGGCUGCUUCUUUACGUUCCACGAAAUGGCGCCGCCUUGAAGCAUGAAUUCGUAGCCCGUUGUCGAUCGAUGUGUGUCUACCAGCCCUAUUCUAUAUUCCGGCGGAUUACCAUUUCGUUCGAACCCGUCAUUUCCCGAUUUCGAACGUUUUGCUCAUUUUAAAGUCCGAAGAGAAAAGAGAUCGAACGAAACACAUAAACAACUCAAACGGAAUACAGAAUGGAAUUUUAUCAAGUCGUUCGAAAUAUUUCGAAUCGAUCGAAAUACAGAAUAGGGGUGUACAUCUCCCCAUAAGUGCACCCGUGGCCGAGUGGUUAGCGUCUCACAUUAUCAUGCACGGUGUUCAGGUUCGAUUCCCGUUCUGGCCGGGGGAUUUUUCGUCAGAGAAAUUUCAUUCGACACUGUGGUCACGUGUGUUCUAGAGCUUGCCCCUCGUAAUACAUUCAAGGCGUGUUAUUUGGCUUAAGAAAUCUCAACUAAGUAUUAAUAAAUGACGCUAGUUAAUGCAUACGUUGAGACGGCAAAAGUUCCACAGGGAACGUUAACGCCAUUCAAGAAGAAUAUCUCCUCCCAAAUCUGCAUCCAUGAAACCUCGCAUCUUCUCGUUGCUUUGCUUGCUAUACCGCAGUCGAUUGCCUGCCGUGCCCUUCAGCUAUCGCAAAGUACUCUUCACUGCCUCCCAAUGCUUUCGUCCUGGAUUGCUACUGAACUGACUAAGAGCAUCUUCAUCUGCACUGCUUCUUCCGCAUGCUGUAGUGACAUGGAUUUGUUCAACCACUCACUGGCUUCAAACGGCGUAGAGACAGGAUGACAACUCGUCAUAUGGAACUCGCCCAGCACGUCCUCAAUGUAGUUUUGUUGGUUUAGAGACAACUCUCCACGCUCUCGAUUUCUAUUUCUCCUAAGUCCCAGGCAAAACUUCGUUUGACCCAGAUCCUUCAUCUGGAAUCGGAUGCACAGGAAGAUUUUCAAUCGCUUCUUCAGGUUUGCGUUGUUUGUGAAUAUCAGAAAGUCAUCCAUAUAGAUAGUGAACAACAUUCUGCCUCCAUCAAUGUUGUAAUGCAGGCAGGGAUCCACUCUCGAUUGUUCCAGCCCACAAUUCACGUAUCGCCUCAUCCAGCUGUUGAUUCCAAACACGACUGGAUUGCUUCAAGUCGUACAGCGCCUCCUGAAGUCGACACACCUUCAUCCUGUUCUUCACAAAUCCUUCUGACUGUUGCAUAUGGAUUUCUUUGUUGUUCAGCUUCCCCUGCAAAAAAGUUGUGACCGACUGUAGGGAAACAUUUUGACCAGUAUGCGCGCUAAUCUUUUUUGCUUGCUUGGUCGCUGUCGCUCCUGAUCGCUGUGUCUCAACUGAAGCUGCGUUUCGGUUGCGAUGGGAGCUCGAUUUCCUCGUCGGCAUCUUCAAAAUCACUUUCAGAAUUGCCGGUUUCGUUUACGGGUGCUUCGAUAGUCACAAUUGAAUAAUCGUCGUCUGGUUGUUCUGGAUCCUGUGAGUUUCUAACCGCCUCAUCAUUACAUUUUGCAACCGGCGAAGUACCACAUGCUUCAUCAAACGUUCCGUCCGAGAAUUCGAUCUCCAAAAACUGGUUCUAAUCGUUCAGCUGUUACCACACCAGUUUGGCCCUCGAUCUGGAACUUGACGUCACGACUGAUGACGAUGUCACCGUUCUCCGGAUUGAACAAUCUGUGGCCUUUCGUGUCCUCAGCAUAACCAACAAAUACGCAUUUUAUUGAUUUGUGCUUCUUCCUUUCCUGCUUUGGCACAUGCAACAUGGCCUCUGACCCGUAAAUCUUCAGGUGACCUACGAGAGGUUUCUUCCCUGUCCACGCCUCUUCCGGCGUCUUUCCGUCCAAUGACCGCGUAGGGCUACGGUUUAUUAGGUAUACUGUCGAGUUUACCGCUUCAGCCAAGAACUUCUUUGGCAACCGUGCAUCGUUCAGCAUAGACCUCACCUUAUCAAGAAACGUCCGGUUCAUUCGCUCGGCAAUGCCAUUCUGCUCUAGCUGUAUGGACAAGACUUCUGGUGUCGUAUUCCAUCUUGCUUCAGACUUGCCUUGAAUCGAGUUGUUGCAGCAAACCAAUUCGACGAUAAACUCCAUCAUCUUGAAAAACGGUCUUCAGCUUGUUCCAGCGUUUUUCGCAUCCAUCACGAGACAGUAGUUUGUCUUAUCAAGACUAAGGCAAAUCGGCGACAGUGUCCCCAUUUGUAUGUCCUCAUCCACGACUUCUCAUUCCUUUGGCAUCACUGCGCACCAGGAGCCCUCUCGGAUUAAUUUUAUCUUCAUGACAAACGCCCAGCACACAUAAUUCUCCCGGCCUUUGAGUUUUUCGAUCGCCAGAGCCACACUGCUACCACCGGCUACACGAACCACUCUUGAAUUCGCCGCACCGCUUCCAGUGUCUCCCGAUCCGUUGCCUCCAGCACCUGGAUUUAUGUUCGCUUCUUGAUUAAAUCUUGAUGAAGUCUUACUACUUCGAGAAUCUUCUGUGAAAAAUGUCUUCGAAAUUUCCAGUUAAUUUUCUGGGCCCAUAUCCUAUAGCAAAGUGAAACAACGUCUUAUAGGUUUGGACAUUAGUAGUGGAAUGAAAAUUUUAUUAACUCUAACUAACGAUGGUUGCUAUGCAGAUCGUGGAUUAUUUAAUCGCCAACAGCCAACAGUGAACAGCUCCGGAGCAGCUAUCUGCCGAUGCCGGUUCAAACUAUGCCCGUCCUCGCGUCUCUGGUUAAAAGCGAUUUCGAAGAUUCUCUGCGACCGCUGCUUACAUAUAUUUGAUGAUACAUUCUGUGAAAUAUAUAGGGGAGGUGUUAGUAAAACGGACAGUGGGGGUAAUAUGGACAGAUGGUUGAUUUCUAUAGUUACAUUUUGAAUUUCAAGUUUUUGUUAACGAGAACCCAUUCUACGUGUCAUUCUAUAACAUUUAAACCUCCUUAUGAUAAUGAACGCUUAGCAAAAGUGGAAAAGGGUACCAAAAAUCGAAAAUUAUUCAUGAUUUCGGGUGUGGAUGUAAUUUUAGCAGCUUCGAUAUUAAGCAUUUUGACUGGUUUAAUUUCAAAAUUCAGUGAAUUGAAUUACAAUUGGUUAUACAGGGGAACUUUGAUGUAACGUACAUUUCACUUUCAAAAUUGUACGUUAUAUCGACUCCUAAUAAAAAAUCCAGGUACAUAGCUUAUAUUGAUUUAUUGUGUUGCUAUUUGGGUAAGAUUAGUAAAUAAUGAUGAAAUAAUUCAACUAGAAGAUGGAGCCUACCUUUCUCAUGAUGUUUUCCUUCAUAGUGUUGACUAAAACUUGAUUCAUUUAGAAUCCGGAAUCACCGAACCAGGCGGAAAUUUUAUUCCACGAUCUCUUCAUGUCUGCAGCAUCUCGAGUCUCUUUGAGACAAUUCUUUAGCUCUGCUUAACAAUUGACCAAUAUUUUUCGAUUGGGAAAUGGGGGCAAUUGGGAGGAUUGAAUAAUUUUUCCAUGUAAUCGAUCCCAUUUUCACGGAACAACUGAAGCACCUCUCGACUGUAGUGACAACUUGCCAAUGCUAGUCAAAACUCCACCGGACGUUUCUGCAGGCAUUCUCUGCUAUACAUUUUCGAAUCCAUGGUUAUAUUUGUGACGAUUAUCUUAGUUUUCUGUCCACAGCUGCAAAUCCCUUGCCAAACCAAUUUAUCAGCGAAAAGGAGCCUCAGUUUACUGGGAACAUUUCCUCUAGCAGUAGUCUUAUAGAAUUUUCGGCCUGAGAGCGGUCCAAAACUCAUCGUUACGUACGUUUUGUCAUCCAUAAGCAUACAUCCUUCGUACUUCUUCAAAACCUUGUUGUACAAUUUUCGAAGGCGUCUUUCGGCCACCAGAUUUUGCAUCAGCGUCCUGUUUGAUUGCUUGCAGGAACAUAAAUUAUGAUAACCUUCUCACAUAUUGAUUCUCUGGAUAAGAGUAAGAGUUGUGUACGUGGCGAUGUCGUAGCCCGAGAGUUCCGGGUUUGCGUUAAUUGUCUCAAUAUCUUCAAUCUUAGCUUCCGAUCGUAUGUUCCACGCGUCCUCGGAUCCAUCGAAACAACAGUUGCUUCUUCUUCUUGAAUGGCGUUAACGUUCCCUGUGGAACUUUUGCCGUCUCAACGUAUGUAUUAACUAGCUUCAUUGAUUAAUACUUAGAUGAGAUUUCUUAAGCCAAAUAACACGCCUUGAAUGUAUUCCGAGGGGCAAGCUCUAGAAUACGCGUGACCACAGUGCAAGUCGAAGGAAAUUUCUCUGACGAAAAAUCCCCCGACCAGAACGGGAAUCGAACCCGAACACCCGGCAUGAUAAUGUGAGACGCUAACCACUCGGCCACGGGUGCACAAACAACAGUUGCACGUUCACGAAAACUUUUCAAUACAUCAUACACUAUCAAUUUAGCCACUCUUAGCGAUUUCGCGAUUUUACUAUCUGACCUUACCCGGCCUUCAAUGUGGGUGUCCAAAAUAAUUUUUCUCUCGGCAUCCAUCCUGCACAGUUAAACCGAAAUUUUCACCGUCGAAAGAUAUAGGUUUUGCAAACAAUUUUCUGUAAAAAGAUUCGAGGUACGCCUACUCCGAUCGCUGCUAUAAAAUGAACAGUGAUUGCGAAUUCUAACUGAAUCAAACCUCAAGGGUAGAUAGAUAAAAUGAUCGCUUAUACUUUUUUUCUUCAGCACAAGUGUUCAAGCCAUAUUGCAGGGCAUGUUUGCAUUACAAUGAAUUACAAUGCUUAUUUCAUAUGAGAGUCCAGAUUAUGGCCUAUGGUUUUAGACAUGAUUCUCAAUUCUCAAUUCUCACUCCCGAAAUUUUUCCGAAACGAAAGCAAAGUACCGAAGCAGCCUAAAGUGCUGAAAGUCAUUAUAAUACAAAAAGAAAAAAAUAGGGAGCCUCUACCCAGGCCACUAAGUGACCUUUGUUGAACCUGUGAGAUUGACUGGAAACUCUCAGUACCUAUUCCGAAAUGAUUUUUUACGCAUUGAAAAUGUGUACGUUAUAUCGAAUGACAUUUUAUCGGAGGUACGUUAUAUCGAAGUUCCCUUUGAUGCAUUUCGAAAUGUCGAUUCUGAUUUCUAUUUCAGUUCAUCACGCGUAUAUGGUGACCUGGAAAGUUUAAUUACAAUUUUUUUCCAGUUUUUGUGUUUUUUAAAUUUUAUUUUUAUUUCAGUCUUACGAAACGAGCGAUCUAAGACUGCUCAUUCAUAGACAGUUAAGAGAAUUUAUCGUUCUUGGUAAAAACUCGACUAUUCUUACAUUUUUUUACAAAUUUAAUUGAUUGGAUAAUCAUGUUUCCGGAUCAUAGGUGCAGCUCCAAACAUUCCCGAACGUAUGCAUCGACAGUCAAUAAAUCAAUUGUCACAAAUGGCAUUGAAAGCAUCAUAUUACUUACCAGAGCAUAACCUUUUUGCAGAAAUUUUCCGUAAAAAUGAACUUAUCAGCAUCGUCAAAGAUUUGGCCUAGAGGCGAAUGAACUGAGAAGCUUGAAGCCUCUUAAAGCCAAAAAAAAGAACAAAGAUUUGGUCAUCACGGACGGUGUAGAAUUAGUCAUGAUCAUAAUCAAAGAAUUCAUCAUCCGUAAUCCAUACCGAUCUCUCUUCCAUUGGUUUGCGAGAUACGACUUGUUUUGCGCUUGAUUUUGACUUUUCCUGUAUCAGAGAAAGUCCUUUUUUUUCUUCAAUGGCAUUCACAUAUUUGAAAAUGUUUGCCUUAUCAACAUUUUGUUACAACUUGAUCCAGAUUUCGUUGCAAAAUAAAACGUUUCAAUUGUAUUUUAGUGGCAAGAUGCGCAUGAAAAUUUUAUUAAUAUCUAGUUCUCGUUUAUCCGAUCAAGAAAUUAUAUAUCAAAGAUAUAAAAUGACACAGAAACAUAUAUUUAGUACAGAAGAAAUAUGCAUUACAAAUUGGAUGAAGUUUUAUUCGCGAUUUAAUAAAGUUAUGGGAACCCUAGUUCAAAUCAAGGCGCCUAGAAGUAUAUCCUAAGGUGAGGCCGUUUCGUCACUAAGUUGGUUAGGGGGGCGGUAUAUAGAAACAGUACGGAAGAAAGCAGAAGGGGAAUUAGUUGCUUGAAGCGUGUAAGAGACAGACUGAUAACGAGCGAGUUGGGCACUAGCGUAUUGUGUUUUGUUUACAAACAAAACACAGUAGACUUCCAAGAUGGCUGAAGAGUGGUUUUAGCAGUUUGGCCCAUCUUAGGAUAUACUUCUAGGCGCCUUGGUUCAAAUCAACGCGGUACUUUGAUUUAUUGGGUGAAAAUUACGAAAAGAAAAUCAAUUAAACCACAUGAAAGGCUCAGUCGUAUAGCAAGCUCAUUUAUGAAUAGCUUUUCAUAAUUAUAAAAAAAAUAAUCCUGUUAAAUUUUCGUUUGAGAAUCGCAUAGCUAUGAACUACAUUGCUGGAUAGUUUCAUACUAUAGCGUAAAUUAUACCCAGAACAUGAUGAUUUAUAUUUAUCUUCCUAAUACUCUCUCCAAAGCACAAGCUUUAGGAAAUUUCUCCGCAGUGAAUAAGAGAUUUGAAAUGGGAACUCUAUUUAUCCCUAGUGAAUACGGGCCUUCGACAUUUUUUCCCAGCCGAUGAAAUCAAAAAACUAAACACCACACACAUACACAUACACAUACACAGUACUCGUAUUGUUCCUAUGUCGCAUAUGUUGCUUGUUUCACUCGAUUCACAUGUCUGCCGCAGCAUCUACCUUCCGCGCGCUGUUUGUUGUUUCACUUAAGGAUACCGUGGCGCCCAAUGUAUAGUCAUAGCUUUAGAGAUGAUAUUUGUUUAUUACUAGUUAUGGAACAUUUUUCACGCCCGCGAAUAAAAGGAAAUACAGAGAUAGAGAGAGAAAAUACCGUUUAAACUCGUUGAAACCUCGUCACUUUUUCAAUCGAAUAUCAUCACAAAUAGUGAAACGGGAAUGCAUCACAAAAAAAAAAAAACAAUAAUUAUUGGCCAGAGGGACAGAGAAAUCAGAAACCAGUCGCCUCCCACAAUGAUUGUAGAAGCGGACGAAAUAGUUGAUGGAAGCUGGCAGGAAUUAAAGUUGAAUCAAUUUUGUGCUGUAAAGAUAGAUUACUCCAUUUUAGGCAUAGCUUAACCCGAUAUAGGAGAUCUAAUUUUUUAAACCCUACGGCAAUAGACAAAAAUUUAUUAAAAUAAAGGAGAGAUAAAACUUUAGCUAGGAUGUUCUAAUGUAGCAUAUUCGUAUUCUGUAUAUAAUAAAGACUGAACCAGAGUUGUAUGAGAAAGAUGAAACGAAAGGCUCCGCAGGGGAGCGAUCAAGGAAGAUGAUGAAUGCGGUUCCAAUUUAGCGAUUCUGUAACUAGCAGCUGUGCAGUCAUAAUUUUCUCACGGUUUGUGUCGUUCUCGCUGAAAUUGGCGAACAAAAUUACCGAACUUCCGAAUCAACCUCGUUCCGAGGUGCCCUCCGAUGUGCACACGAGCGCAGCACUCCAUAUUACUUGUUAAGUUUAGCUUUCACACCACUGAAAACUCAAUACUUAAUUUGUACACAAACCCAGUACAAGUGUUCAUCUUUUAUACGAAUCGUAACUACCUAUCAAUAAUUAAAUAUAAAUAGUUAUUUGAUUUUUGUUUUCGCAACUAUGAUGAGACAUACUAAUACGUAUCACUAUAUAAAUAUAUUUUUUUCCAAAACCAUAAAUUGUACAGUAAAGAAGAUUUCCACAGGCGAAUUGGAAUGCCGAAACCGAAAGUUUACGCUAGCAAAACAGAGCAGAAACACAAAUUCUGGUCCUAUGUUGUGAAUGAUGAACGAAGUGAAAUAAACUCAUACAUUUCCGAAUUGUA